CAUCACUAGAGCAAAUGUUGACGAGGAAGGAACGGUCCCUCAGUUUACUGGUGAAAUCGGAGGACUCCGGUUUUCAUUAUUAUAUGCCUUCUGCUUGUACCAACUUCAUCUCCAUUUUCUUCAAUCCUGCCCUUGCAUGACCUGUGCUGUCUAGGCUAGAAGGCGUCGGCUCCCUGUUCUAUUGUGUAUCCCUUGUCACAAUGUCCAAUGCACCUUCAUCUAGAUAUGCUGCUGCAUUAUCAGCCCUUUCCCUCAGUUUACCUGCUGUUAACCCCAACCCAAACCUUACCCUCAGUUCAUCCACUGCCCCUGACCCACCGCUUACCCCCAAACCACCCCUUACCCCCAAAUCCCUUACCACUAAACCACUAGUUGUCCCUACCCCCAAACCACCCCUUACCAUCAAACUACCCCCUGCUGCCAGCCCAGCCCCUUUAAAUUCAUAUCCCCCUUCACCUGAGAUUUUUGGAUCAGAUGACGAGGAACGGGAGAAUCCAUCUGAUUACUGCAUAGGUGGGUACUACCCGGUGGAAAUUGGAGAGAUAUUCAUUGACCGUUACCAGGUGGUGAAGAAGCUGGGAUGGGGCCACUUCUCUACUGUGUGGCUAGGCUGGGACAUGGAGAAGAGGCGUUUCGUGGCUCUGAAGUUGGUAAAGAGUGCUCCAACCUUCACAGAGACCGCUUUGGAUGAGAUCACGCUUCUGAAAUGUGUAAGGGACAGUGAUCCAUCUGACCCUAAACGUGACACUGUUGUGCAACUUAUUGAUGACUUCAAAGUCUCUGGAGUCAAUGGGGAGCAUGUAUGCAUGGUUCUUGAAGUGCUGGGUCACCAGCUGCUGAAGUGGAUCAUCAAAUCCAACUACACUGGCCUUCCCCUGCCCUGCGUUAAGAGCAUCCUUAGACAGGUUCUUCAGGGCUUAGAUUACUUGCACACUAAAUGCAAGAUUAUCCACACAGACAUCAAGCCAGAGAACAUCCUUUUGAGAGUGGAUGAGGUUUACGUCCAGGAGCUGGCAGCUGACACCAAACUAUGGGAGCUGCCAGUGUCUCCUGCUCCCACAAGCUGUUCAGCAAACACCAGUCUAAGAGAGAAGCAGAUUGUGUCAAACUUGAUGGGGAAGUUGACGGUGGCUUUCCAGGCUCUUGGGGUUUGGACUGGGAAGGUCUCCAGGAUCCCGAGGGCCAGGUUGUCGAGGAAGGAGAAGAAACAACAACAGCAGAAGGGCGAGGACACUUUAGUUGGCCGUCAGAAGAGGGAGAAACAUGUGUCAUUCUCUAAUAUCACCACUCCCUGUAGCACCCCUAAUUCUACUUCGUCCCCUAAGCCUUCAGGUCCUGUGUAUACUACUUGGAGACGGACCCUGCUGCAUGAAGAAGCAAUGGGCUCUGACAGCAAGGAGUCGGCCUCAUCACCUAUGGAAGAUGCACUAUCAUUGACUACAAUUUCUCACUGCUCUAGACAAUCUAUAGUGUUACAUCAUUCUACCCAGAGAGACAACCAGCCCUCAUCACCAUCACAUGGGUUAAGUGAAACAGAUCUGUUGGUGAAUCUUCUGAAGCCACAGAAUGCUGAUAAAAUCAGCAUCAAGAUUGCAGAUCUGGGAAACGCCUGCUGGGUGUACAAACAUUUCACAGAGGACAUCCAGACCUGCCAGUACCGCUCUGUUGAGGUCCUGAUUGGGUCUGACUAUGGCACUCCUGCAGACAUCUGGAGCAUAGCCUGCAUGGCGUUUGAGCUGGCCACCGGGGAGUAUCUGUUUGAACCCCAUUCAGGGGACAACUUCUCACGAGAGGAAGAUCACAUUGCUCACAUAAUUGAGUUGCUGGGACCCCUGCCAUCCCAGUUUGCCCUCUCAGGGAGAAACUCCAAGCAAUAUUUCAAUCACAAAGGGCAGCUGCGGCGCAUCUCAAGGCUGAAACCGUGGAGUUUGUGUGAGAUCCUGCUGGAUAAGUAUGAGUGGCCGCGGGAACAGGCAGUCCAGUUCAGUGCCUUCCUCCUCACAAUGCUGGAGCCCCUCCCAGAGAAGAGAGCCACCGCUGCCCAAUGUCUAAAACACCCCUGGAUCUCCUCAUAGACACACAGUCACCACCGCUGCUCAGUGUCUAAAACCCCCCUGGAUCUCCUCAUAGACACACAGUCACCACCGCUGCUCAGUGUCUAAAACCCCCCUGGAUCUCCUCAUAGACACACAGUCACCACUGCUGCACAGUGUCUAAAACACCCCUGGAUCUCCUCAUAGACACACAGUCACCACCGCUGCUCAGUGUCUAAAAUCCCCCUGGAUCUCCUCAUAGACACACAGUCACCACCGCUGCUCAGUGUCUAAAACCCCCCUGGAUCUCUUCAUAGACACACAGUCACCACCGCUGCUCAGUGUCUAAAAUCCCCCUGGAUCUCCUCAUAGACACACAGUCACCACCGCUGCUCAGUGUCUAAAACCCCCCUGGAUCUCCUCAUAGACACACAGUCACCACUGCUGCACAGUGUCUAAACCCCCCCUGGAUCUCCUCAUAGACACACAGUCACCACCGCUGCUCAGUGUCUAAAACCCCCCUGGAUCUCCUCAUAGACAUCAUACCACUGCCCGGUGUCUAAAACCCCCCUGGAUCUCCUCUUGGACACAGAGUCACCACCGCUGCCCAAUGUCUAAAACCCCCCUGGAUCUCCUCAUGGACACAGAGUCACCACCGCUGCCUGGUGUCUGAACCCGAUCUGGAUCUCCUCAUGGAUACAGAGCAGUCUCACUGAGGCCACAGGGGUUACACAGGUGACACAGUGUCUAACAUGCUGGGAGAAGUCCCUUAAUAUGAUGUUUGAAUUGUGGGUAACGGCUGAUAUUCAGCAAGUGUUCUUUUUUCAGCUGAUUUUCUGCAAGUGUUAUUUUUCUGUUUGCUCAGGGAGAGCAUUCAACUAUCAAUAUAUUUUGUCUGAUGAUUUAAAACCUUUGAUGUGGAGAAAAUAACUUUUGUUUUGGAGCGAUAUAGCCAAAAAUAAUAAUAAUAAUAAUAAUAAUAAUAAUAAUAAUAAUAUGCCAUUUAGCAGACGCUUUUAUCCAAAGCG